AUGGACAACAUCGACGAGGAACGAGGGUUCGUUGAACACCUUCACGACUGCGCGAAGAAGAAUGAGAGUUUUAAAACCACCAAGAGACGCCUGUCUCUUGAAACUCUUGAGCUGAUACGUCAGCGUGGACCAGCACGAGCCGCAGGGAACCAAGCUGCAGAGGCGGGGAAAAGCAUCCGCUAUGACCGUAGAGAUUUCGCCAGUCACAUGACGAGGUUGACUGCUCUCCGGAACCCAAAAGGGACAGCCAUUGCAUGGAGAAGGAGGAUGGAGAAAAUCAUCUACGACUUCUACUCUGAUCUCUUCGACAGCCAUGUCCACUUGCCUCCUCACCAUCUGAGGGAAGACGGACAAGUCAUUCCAGAGGUUCUACCGUCCGAAAUACGACAUGCUAUCAUAAAAGGAUAA